CGGCGAUGAGCUUCGGCAACUGGAGAGGAAAUACGGCUUCUGACCGGGAAUCCAAUCCUCAAUUGGGACGAUUCUUUGCGCCGAGACAACCAUCUGUCUUGCAUAUUGUUACUCUUGUCAAGGCUGCUACAUUUCCUGGGGAUCGAGCCGGACCAUCGGGCGCAACCUACGAGCUACGUACUCCCUCCAUCGUACCAUCAUCGUCGGAUCCAACGCCGCCGAGCGCCCGGUUCUUGAGCGACUCGACGUAGACGCCCGCCAUAAAUCUCACCUCAUUCUGCCAUAAUUUCCUACUGCUCAAUUGAGCUCGAGCUUGCUUGAUUCUUGAGCUCACUGCUUCCUGUUUGAAUCGCAACAUCGUCGCCAGCAACAGCAACGGCCAAUCUCGCAGCCAUGGCGUCUCAAUCCUCCGCCGCGCCCAGCGCAUUCCGCCAGCAUCUUCCCGACCUCAGCAUCCCUCGCUUCACCAGCAUGGCGAAGCAGGACCCUUAUGAAUAUGCCAAGGAAUUCAAGGAGGGCGGCCAACCCCCGUGGCUUCACGGCCUCUUCCUCCACUGGCGAGACCUGCUGAAGGAGCCCUACAAGGGCAUCACCAAUAACGGCAAGGUCCGACCCGAUCUCUUUGACUUACACGAUGAUGGUGUCCCUACCGCAACCAUUGUCCAGGCCACCGAGGCCCUUCUUAAGCUCCUCGACCACGGACAGCGCGAAAAGACUUGCUACCACAUUGACUCGCCCGAAUGGCGCACUUGGUCUAAUCCCGAGUUUCUCUUGAGUGAUAAGGGCAUUCGCCUCGACGAGAUCAGCGACGAACAGAGAACCGCUGUGUUCAAGGUCCUGGAACUGACUCUCUCACCCGAGGGUUACCAGAAGGCUCUUGGCGCCAUGCGCGUCAAUGGCUUCCUGGGCGAGCUCUGCAAAGUCCCCAGCAUCAUGAAUGAGCACUCGUACAACUUCGUCCUCUUCGGCGAACCCUCAACCGAGACGCCCUGGGGCUUCUCCUUCUACGGCCACCACCUCUGCCUCAACAUUCUCCUUUACAAGUCACAAAUCGUUAUAUCACCUUGGUUCACUGGCGCUGAGCCGAACUUGAUUGACGACGGCCCCUACAAGGGUACGCGCAUCCUCCACAGAGAAGAGGCCCUCGGUCUCCAGCUCAUGCAGGAUCUCCCAGCCGAGAAGCAGGCGAAGUCCCAGAUCUACAAGCUCAUGAAAGACCCGGCUAUGCCCUGGGGUCGAUGGAACCACGAUGACCAACGUCACCUCUGCGGCGCCUACCGCGACAACCGAGUCGUUCCUUACGAGGGCGUUCUCGUCUCCGAGAUGACCGCUGCGCAACAGGAUCUUAUCCUUGGCAUCUGCAAAGAGUUCCUCCUCUAUCUUCCCGAAAAAGCCCUCCAGCUCCGUCUGGACCAAAUCCGUAGCUGGUUCCACGAGACUUACUGGUGCUGGAUUGGCGAAUUCGGCAACGAGGAUCCCUUUUACUACCGCAUCCAGAGUCCCGUGGUCAUCAUCGAGUUUGACCAUCACUCGGGCGUCUUCUUGGCAAACAAGGAGCCCGCCAAGUUCCACAUCCACACGUUACUAAGGACACCGAACGGCGGAGAUUACGGCAUGGCUCUCCGGCCGCUGAUUCCUCGUGUGAAGCAGGAGUUUAUGUGGGAGGGGUAAGGCAGAGUGGAUGUGAGAUCUAUACCAGACGAUGUAUUUCAGGUAGCAAGCGCUUAUGAAUGAAGAUUCCAGAACCGUGGCUGUGCGAAUCUAAGCUGUGAGCAUGCCUAACGGGGACGCUGAUAGGUCUAGUGAUGC